GUGUGUGUGUGACUGUGUGUGUGUGACUGUGUGUGUGUGUAAGGGAGGGUGGAGAAUCCAGAUCAAUUCUGUGCGUUUGAUGUCACUGUUUCUGACUCGGUGACGUUGCCUCCUGCUGGGAAAGGGUCCGUUCUGCUUCAUUUCUGAGGCUGCUGCUGUUUUGCCUGAUUUUCCUUGACUUUCCUCCAUUUUUCAUCCUUCGCACCUGCAAGUGAUUCUGUAUCGCAGGGAGGGGACCCUGGAUCUUUCAUUGGAUUGCUCUCCUGUUGUCUGCAGGCUCUUACACUGGAUCCAAAAUGCUGCCCGACCUGGUUUUAUGCUGAUGAGUUAUUUGGGGUAUGGAUAAAUGCCCCCCUUAUUUCUGCCCCAAUAAAGGCACCGAGGAACGUUUCCCAAAUCUUCCAGCUGUUGUUGUGUUUUCAUCUUCCCAUCCCAGGAGCCGGAGAUCCUGCUGCUGCCACAAUGCUUCCCAUGAAGUGACCGCCAGAACGUUAGAACCAUGUCUAACACAAGCAACGGAGACACCAAAACCCAAUGUCUACCAUGUAAUGGGCUGGUGAAGAUUCCUGCUCCCACCAAUGGCCUGGGCUCUGCCAGUAUUACCAAAGGGACUCCAGCAGUGAAGAAGCGCCUGUACCAGCCCCCUACUGUACCCACCAUCCUCAGCCAAGCCUUCCCCAAGCAUGCCGAGCAUAUCAGUCCUCCCACCCUGCCCAUCUUGCCUCCCACACACACUAUCCCUCUGGGUCUGAGUCCUGGAGAGGAGAACGUUCCCCUGCCAUGUGGCCCCCCAGCAGACAGAGGGCCAAGUCCUGACAUGAACUGGCACCUUGCCCUGGAUGAGAAGAUUCUGACCCGUCUUUUCUGUUACUUUUCUGCCUGUGAGAAGUGCGUUUUGGCUCAGGUGUGCAAGACAUGGAGGCGAGUUCUGUACCAGCCCAGGUUCUGGCUAAACCUGACCCCAGUGUUGCAUGCCAAGGAACUAUACAAUGUGUCGGCCUCAGGCGACAAGGUUUUUACUAACCUGCAGGGCUUUGCGGUGCGUGGAUUUGAGUCUUUCUGUCUGGUUGGGGUGUCGGAUCUGGAUAUCUGUGAGUUUAUUGAUAACUACCCGCUUUCCAAAAAGGGAGUCAAAUAUGUGAGCCUGAAGAGGUCGACAAUCACUGAUGCUGGACUGGAGGUGAUGCUGGAGCAGAUGCAGGGAGUAGUACGUCUGGAGCUGUCGGGCUGCAAUGACUUCACUGAGGCUGGCUUAUGGUCAAGCUUACACGGACGCAUUACGUCUCUAAGUGUCAGCGACUGUAUCAAUGUGGCUGAUGAUGCGGUGGCAGCCAUCUCCCAACUCCUGCCCAAUUUGGGUGAGCUGAAUCUCCAAGCCUAUCAUGUAACGGACACGGCUCUGGCAUAUUUUACUGGCAAGCAAGGCCGAGCCACACACACACUGCGCCUGCACUCCUGCUGGGAGAUCACCAACCAUGGGGUGGUCAAUGUGGUCCACAGUCUACCUAACCUGACCGUGCUCAGCCUCUCUGGCUGCUCCAAGGUGACAGACGAUGGGGUGGAGUUAGUAGCGGAGAACCUGAGAAGGCUUCGGGGCUUGGACCUGUCAUGGUGCCCACGACUAACAGACACGGCCUUGGAGUAUAUCGCUUGUGACCUGCACAAGCUGGAGGAGCUGGUUUUGGACAGGUGUGUGCGCAUCACAGACACUGGGCUCAGUUACCUGUCCACAAUGCCAUGUCUCCGCAGCCUUUACCUGCGCUGGUGCUGCCAGGUGCAAGAUUUCGGCUUAAAGCAUUUGUUGGCGAUGAAAAGUUUACGACUCUUAUCUCUGGCCGGUUGUCCCUUGCUCACUACUACAGGUCUCUCUGGCCUGGUCCAACUGCAAGACUUGGAAGAAUUGGAGCUAACCAACUGCCCUGGGGCAACUCCAGAGCUCUUCAAGUAUUUCUCCCAGCACCUGCCUCGUUGUGUGGUGAUAGAGUAAGAUACCAGCUCCACUCUUAGAGUCGUCUUUUCCAAAUCAUUGACAACACUGACCAUCAGAUCGGAGACUUUGGCUUUGACAUCAAGAUCAGCCAUUGAUUAUUAACAUGCAAAGAGAACAAGAUCAUGGAAGAUAUUUCACACUCUGGUUUGUGAAGGCUUCAUUCCAUGUCCUAAAGGAAGGGUUGUAUAUUUCCCACGUCUCAUUUCUUGUCUUCUCUGUCGUGGACUGUUUUGCAACUCAAAAGUAGAGCUGGUUCCCAUUCAAACCCCCAGCAGUGUCCUCUAUAAGGUUAACAUGGCAUGAGGUUAAGUGCAGUUGAGUCUUAUCUGCUGUUAUCCAAAUGGUGGUUGUCCAAUUAUUUGAGUUUGGUGCUUUGGAAGGUGAGUACAGAAGAUCUACUGGGCCCGGCAUAUAAUAAUUCCUGGAUAAUUAAGUGCAAGCGACACUGUAAAGGCAAUACUGAGGUAGAAUAUUCUGGAUCCACCAGCAAUCUGAAGAAGCUUCAGUACAACUUGAUGUUGGUAUUACUCUAGGAUUAUCUUCAUGAGAUGCAUGGGCUUACCAUGAGAAGAGCCAAUGUUGUGUUUACCUACUGAUAUUAUUAUGGGAUCAUCAUCUACUAUAAACCUGACAUCCAGUCCUUGUCAGCCUUCUUUCUACUUGGCUUGGACCCUUGUGCAGAUGCAGUGGCUUCUACAAUAACAAAACUCUUCUGGUCCAGGUUUAGCCAUGAGUUGUUGCACACAGAGCUUUGCAGCUGGAAUCAAAUGGAAUAUAGUGUGGCUUUUGCAAUAGAUUAAGGUAAGGGGGGUCACAGGCUUAGGGUUAUUCUAGAUCUUCUAUGUGGAGGAACCAGCGGCAGUUCUUUUCUUAGUUCUGCUCAGUGAUCUUCCAUUUGUCAGUGGAUCAAGUCUGGAGCCAUUAAUUCUAUAAAAAGGACAGUACAGGGAAUUGUGGGCAUGGAGCAAACAUUGAGCAGAGGAUAUGCCUUUGUAUAUAUAUAUAUAUAUAUAUAUUUAUGUGUUGGACUGGGGGUCUCCCUCACAUUGCUUCAUAACUUGCCCUAGUGCCUGUACAUUUCUCUCCCUGCUUGUCUAAAAUUGAGAACAGAAGUUGGAGGACAGUAUCACCCUCACCUUCCUCAUCCUGGAAGGAAUAUUUCUUCUUGAGCUGAACCUUCUCUCUAAGAAGUUUGCCUGAGGUGCACAAAUAGUGAUAACAUGAAUCUUCUGCCCCCCCAGACAUAAUCCAUUAGCCCACCCUGAUGACUUCACUUGUCUGCUAAUCUUCCUGAGAUCCUUUCCACCAAUUCCCUCAUUCCAAUCACCUUUCAUACUUGAUACAAGUUCUGUUUUCCUUUCCUCUAUUUGCCUUAUUCUUGCACAUUUCUACUAGAAUCCUCCAUGUCACCGGCUGGCCCAGUCUCUAUUUGCCCCAUGUUCACGUCCUGCUUUGGAGAGCACUGUUUACAAAACAAUCUUGUGCUGUUUCUCACAAUGCUUUAAAUCUAUUAAAAUAUAUCAUUUUUUCCUCCAGA